AUGUCGUCAAUCGAUCACGCAAAGCAACCCCAAGAGGUCGACGAAGAGGUUCAGGAUGUCCAGCCUACGAAGCCUGUGUCUCGGUUCACGCGCUGGUACCGCUCGCCUCUCUUCAACGUCAUCCUCGUGGGCUUGAUCUCCUUCACGCAGCCUGGUAUCUGGAAUGCUCUAAAUAGUACCGGCGCUGGUGGCCAGCAAGAGCCUUACCUCGUCAAUGGCUCCAACUCUCUGACCUUUGGCAUCAUGGUCUUUGGCUGCAGUUUCUUCGCCAUCAUGGCCAACAAGAUUGGCCUGAAGACGGUCCUAAUCAUUGGCACCCUCGGCUACGCACCGUACUCGGCAUCCAUGUACGUCAACAAUCGUUACGGCGUGGAAUGGUUCGUGCUGUUCGGCGGCGCGACCUGCGGUAUUGCUGCCUCUGCAUUGUGGGCAGCUGAAGGUGCCAUUGCACUAGGAUACGCCGACAUCAAGGACAGAGGAAAGUUCACCGGUAUCUGGCUAGGUCUCCGUGAGCUUGGACAGCUUCUCGGCGCCGCCAUCCAGCUCUCGCUCAACGUCAAGGUCAACCAGCGCGGAAAAGUCGGAUACUCGACCUACCUAGUCCUGAUCGCGUUGCAAUGCCUCGGUCUUCCCUUGGCGUUGCUCGUGUCACCUCCGCAAAAGGUCAUUCACAGCGACGGCAGGAAGGUUGCCGACCCGACCAAGAACAAGGCCGUCCUAGGAGAAUUCCGCAAGUGGCUCAAGCUGCUCAAGAAGAAGCAGUUCUACCUCUUGAUCCCCAUCCUCAUCGGUUUCAACUGGAACAGCACCUACCAGGGCAUUUACCUUACCAAGUACUUUUCCGUCAGAGCGAGAACUUUGGGCGCCCUCACGUCCGGUAUCGCGGCAUCUGCUGCCAACAUGUUCUGGGGCUGGUUCUACGACCUGAAGUGCUUCAGCCGCCCUCAGCUUGCCAAAAUUACCUGGUCUUGCUUCUCAGUGAUUAUGCUGGGCCUAUUCGCUUGGCAGGUGGCCAACGAGAAGCUUUAUGAGGAUACGGUACCCAAAAUCACCCUUGACUGGGACACCCCCGGUUUCGGACGCGGAUUUGCAGUCAACGUGCUCUUCCGCUUUAUGAACGAAUCGCACUAUAUGUUCGUCUAUUGGAUCAUGGGUACUUUCUUCGACGACAUUGAGACUCUGACUCUCGGCGUUGGCCUCGUUCGGUCUUUCGAGUCCAUCGGCUCGUGCUUGGCAUUCGGCAUUGGCGCAGUCAAGGUCACUCCCAUGGUUAAUCUCAUCGUUGCGUUCGUCAUGUUUGUCAUUUGCAUCCCUGCAACUUCCUGGGCUGUCUUGCUUGUGCCCGAGCGACCUGUGAACAACACGAAGCUAGACGCGAAUGACUCUCUUGCUGAGGACACCAAGGUGGUCGCCAACCCAGUUGCUGUGACUACUACGGCUACGGCUGUAGAUGGCCCGCGAAAUGUUUAA